AAAAUUUAAGAAUCCACAACUGAAUGGAACGCCGAUGACAUUGAUAAUAAAAGAUACAUUGCAAUCACCAGAAAUCCUGUCGCCAUGCAGUGCGGAUUUACCUGUACCAUUAAGCGAUGGUUAUUGGAAGAAUAGAUCUGUAUUUGUGCCUCUGGUAUGCAAAAGUCAGCAGUGGACGAAACAACAGGCAGCCAUAUGUCUAAAUGAUACAAAACUCAUUAUUUGUGGUGAUUCUACAUUAAUGCAAAUGAGACAAGCUCUAAGAAACAAUUUUAAAAUCGCAGACAUUGUCACUCAAUUCGUGUACCCAAGAACUGGAAACAUUGUAGUUCGAUUUAAAACAGGUGUUUUAGAAAGUGAUUUACUGGAUAGGAUUUUGCGCACUAACUGCUCAACAGCAAACUAUGUUAUUGUUUUGAAUUUUGCAUUUCAUUAUGGUGCUUUCACAAACCGAGCGUUCUUAGAAAGAAUAUAUCAUGCUAAAUUGGCUGUUCAGCGUCUAAUGUUAAGGUGUCCCACUUCAAAAAUUAUAAUCAAACUUGCGCAUCCACGUGAUAACAUAUUUAUAGAACAAACUAUACACAGUGCCAACUGGGUUUUCUAUGACAUGAACAGAAUGAUACGUCGUGUGUUUGGGGGUAUUGGAGUGCAUUUUCUAGAUAUAUGGGAUAUGGUUUCGUCAUCGUUUCAGAACAACACUGUUCAUAUGCCUAACACUGUCAUAGUUCAAGAGGUGCAUCUCAUGUUAUCCUACAUAUGUCCAGA